GUAUUGCCGGAUGUUGGGUCUGGUGUGUCAGUGGUAAUGGCGGAGGUCACCGGCAGUGUGAGGAAUGGAGUAAACAAACUAUCUGCCUUUAAAACAUUAUUAAGUCUUCAUCAUCAUCAUCAUCCUCAUGGUCCCGCGGUGGAUUCCCGCGCGUUGUGCCGUGAUUCCAACGUGUGUGACCACUGGUGUGCCGAUGACUGUGUGUGGACGCUUCAUAAUAAACACACACAGCUCCACAAGCCCCAGAUCAGUGGAUGCUACACACUGGUGUCUGCUAAACACUGGUGUCUGCUGUUAGGACCGGUGGGAUCGCGGUUAUACAGCUGCAGGACAGCAGACGAGAGCUCCGGGCCGCUCCAUCGCAGCCGCACCACCUACUACGACAUCCUGAAAGUGUCUCCGAAUGCGACGCAUGCGCAGAUCAAGAGCGCGUAUUAUAAGCAGUCCUUCAUUUACCACCCUGACCGGAACCGCAGUGAGGACGCGGCGCGGCAGUUCGCACUCGUAGCUGAAGCCUACAGUGUGCUGGGCAGGAGCAGUCUCAGGAGGAGGUACGACCGUGGCAUCCUGACCCAGACAGAGGUGCAGAGCUCAGGCAAACCUGCAGCUCCUCAGCCCCCGCGCCGCGCUCCGCCCUCCGGGAAGACUGCAUACUUUGACUUUGACGCAUUUUACCAGGCGCAUUAUGGAGAGCAGCUGCAGAGAGAGAAGCUGCAGAGACUCCGACAGCAGCAGAUCCAGCAGCGGCGCAUGGAGAUGCAGAAACAGUGGAGACAAGAGAAAAUCACCGGAGUCUCUGUCAUACUGCUGCUGCUGUUCGGAGGCGUCAUUAUCAACAGCCUCAAAUCAUGAGUCCCUCAACGUUUGGAGAAAUGAAACUUUAAAUGCUUUACAAAGUUUAAAAUGGUCACAUAUGGAUCGUUCACCCAAAAAUAAAAUACAAAUUCUGUCAUCAUUCAUUUAUAACGGAGUUACUUCACAAAGGAAGAUGUUCUGAAGAAUGCUGGAGAGUAAAAACAGCCAUUGACUUCCAUAGUAUUUUGUUGUUGUUCUACCAUGGAUGUCAAUGGCUGUUUUUACUCUCCAGCAUUCUUCAGAAUAUCUUGUUUAGUGUUCAAUAAAAGUUUUGAAGCACUUGAAGGUGAGGAAAUAAAGACAUUUUAUUUUUGGGUGAGCUGUACCUUUAAUUGGGGCAGAGUCUGUUUCCUAUGGAAGCUUGUUCAC